CACAUUAUACAUUAAGCUAGACUUCAUCUUUAAAUGUCUCUCAAAAUAAUUCCUGGAGAUCAGCUCGAGUUUGUGCGUCCUUUGACGCGUGUGGUGAGCUCUACCCUUCGUCUCUACAAUCCUGGUACAAGUGAUGUAGCAUUCAAAGUUAAAACAACUGCCCCAAGGCAAUAUUGUGUUCGUCCAAAUGCAGGUCUUAUUAAACCACAGGCAACCAUGGAAGUACAAGUUAUGUUUCAGCCACUGCCAGAAGAGCCUCCUAUUGGAUUCAAGUGCAAAGAUAAAUUCCUUGUGCAAAGUGUCCAAGUAUCCGAUCAUUCUGAGGAUAUUGCCUUGCCUGAUUUGUGGGCUAAUGUGGAGGCAACAAACAAGCAGUCUAUCGAACAGAAAAAACUUCGAUGUGCAUUCGUAGACGAAGUAGUACAAGCUCCACCACAGGUGGAGGAGGAAAAGAAAGUGGGAUCACCCGCACCGGAUGCGGCUCCCGUAACCGUGGAGCCAGAGGUAGUAAACAACCAGACCCAGGAAGAGAUGAGUGAUGCUAGAGAGACCAUUAAGAUGAUGCAGCAGAAAUUGGAAUCCUAUGAACAGGAAAUGAACCUUCUGCGUCGGAGAAAAGAAGAAUCGGCACAAGAAGUAUUCGCUCCUGUCCAGCCUGCUGUUGUUGUUGUACCUGCUAAAUCAUCUUACUUUUACUCUCUCCUUACUCUGGCUGUUUUAGUCAACAUUUUGGCACUCUAUUAUAUUAUGAGUCGUUAAAAAAACACAAAAGACAAACGCAAAAAAGAAAGAAGUCCAAGUCAAAGUACACUGAUAUCUUUCACCCAUAUUACAAACCUACCUUUGUGUGUAAAUGAGCACAUAUAUAUAUGUCUAUAUGUAUAUGUAUAUAUAUAUAUUACGCGUUGGAAUU